UAAAAGGAUUGUGCCUCUACAUAGUAAAUGACAGAAAAACCCAUCUCUAUUAAAUUAUAAAGAAAUCACGUUCAUAUAUUCCAACCCCUUCUUAAAACCCAAACGGAAUUCACUCUCUCAUCAAAUUCUUUCUCACAAAUAUUUUUUUAUUUUUAUUUUUAUUAUUUUUUUUUCUUUCUCUCUACAAUCUCUUUUUUUUCUCCUUCAGCUGUAAUUUGGAGAUCCACAUCAGAUCAGAUCAUGGGAGACUCAAGUAAUGAUCAUCGAGCUGGGGUAGUAGCUGUUUCAGCCUCCAACGUUACGGUGGAGGCAGCGGUAGCCACCACCCAAGAUCAUGUUCUUGAACUUCGCCACCAGGGAGGUAGUGGCGAAGACAGGAAUAACAAUAAUAAUAUUGUUGAAAGUAAUUUAUCGAACAAUUCAGCUGAAGAAGAGAACAAAUUAUUAUUCGACGAGAGUGGCGGCGGCGGUGGUGGUGGUGACCGGAGCGGCGGAAACCGGUGGCCUCGUCAAGAGACUUUGGCUUUGUUGAAGAUAAGACAAGAUAUGGAUGCUAUUUUUCGUGAUUCUAGUCUCAAAGGUCCAUUGUGGGAAGAGGUUUCAAGGAAGCUAGCUGGUCUUGGGUUCAAAAGAAGCGCAAAGAAAUGCAAGGAGAAAUUUGAGAAUGUUUACAAGUACCACAAGAGAACCAAAGAAGGCCGUACAGGCAAGACAGAGGGCAAAACCUACCGAUUUUUCGAUCAAUUAGCGGCUUUCGAACAAAACCACCACCCGCCGCCACCUACUCCGCCACCACCACCGCCACAACAGCCUUCAAAACCACAAGUCAUAGUAAACAAUUCACCACCACCACCACCAUGGACGACCCCUCCUCCAAUCACUACAGUCACUUAUCAUCAAAACCCUACAAAAAAUAAUGAUAGUAAUAAUAGUAAUAAUAUUCCUCUUCUAUCCCCACUAGUAGUACCAUUGCCACCAACACCAACACCAACAAAUAAUACUACUAUGAAUAAUAUUAGUACUAAUAAUAAUAAUAAUAAUAAUAAUAAUAAUAAUUCUUUAUUAUUCCCUCCACAAACCAAAUCAAUAAACCAUCUUAACACUACCACCACUGCUACUACUACAGCUGUUCCAACUGCUACCACAACAGGUAUUGAUCGCCAUCAAUACCUGUUCUCGAGCUCGUCCACUUCCUCUUCUACUGCUUCUGACGAGGAAUUUCAAGCCAGAAGCAGUAGCCGAGGGCAGAAGAGAAAGAGAAAGUGGAGAGACUUCUUUAGAAAAUUGACGAAGGAAGUGAUAAGAAAGCAAGAGGAAAUGCAAAAGACGUUUCUAGAAACCGUUGAGAAAUCCGAACAAGCGAGAAUUGUCCGCGAAGACACCUGGAGGUUACAAGAGAUGGCAAGAGUAAACCGCGAGCACGAAAUUCUUGUCCAAGAAAGGUCCACGGCAGCCGCCAAAGACGCGGCUGUCAUCGCAUUCUUGCAGAAGGUCUCUGCCGGCGGUGGAAGCUCGGCGGUUGUUGUUCCGCAGAAUAAUUCAAGCCAUUUGUUCUUAUCCAAUAACUAUCAAGAUCAUAACAAUCACCACCACCAUCACAUUCCGGCGGUGUCAUUACCACCGCUACCGUCACCUCAGCAGCAACACCAGCAGCAGCCAACACCGCCGGCACGGCCCAAAUUAGGCGAUAACUCGUCUAAUUUAAGCCCUUCACGGUGGCCAAAAUCAGAAGUUCAAGCUUUAAUAAACCUGAGAAGAACACUCGAGUUGAAGUACCACGAAAACGGACCAAAAGGGCCGCUUUGGGAGGAAAUCUCGGCCGGGAUGAGGCGACUCGGGUACAACCGAAGCUCGAAAAGGUGUAAGGAGAAAUGGGAAAACAUCAACAAGUAUUUCAAAAAAGUUAAGGACAGUAACAAGAAAAGACCAGAAGAUUCAAAGACAUGUCCUUACUUUCACCAGCUUGAUGCAUUGUAUAGAGAGAAAACGACAAUAAAAAACAAUGUGGUUGAUCAAAUUCAAAACAACAAUGUAUUAACAAUGGAACCAUUGAUGGUACAACCUGAAAGACAAUGGCCUGAUCAAAGUACUAAUAAUAAUUCAGAAGAGGAAGAAGAUGAUGAAGAUGAUCAUGAGAUUUUACUAGAUGAUGAUGAAGAAAGAGAUAGUAGUAGCACUGAGCUUGAUCAAGAUCUUGAUCAUCAUCAUCAUGAUAAUAAGCAAGGUGGCAGUUAUAAUUCGGUAGUUGUUGAUAACAAACUACAAUCUUCUUCUUCUAUGAACAUAGUUGUUGAGUAAGGACAAAACAUGACGAAGCUUCAUUUUUUUUUUAUUAUUUUUUUUACUCAUAAUUAAAGAAAUUAUUACAAGUUUGAGAAAGGGGAAUUGGGGGGAAAAUUUGUUUAUUAUUAUGUACUGGUGAUUUUACCGAAUUUGUUUACUAUAUAUAUACAUGAUUAUUAUGG